UGUCAGACCACUGACGGUGUUGAAUUGAGACGUUGAGAAUUGUUGUUCACAUUAUUUUGUCUGGAUGGCAGCCACAACAAACCAGAAAUACCCUUCAACAGAAGAGGUGUGGGACCGGUUCAACAAACUGAAAGACAGAGUUGAUGAGAGGCUGCAUGUCAAGGAUACAUUUGACAGAAUUGUUGAAUAUGGAAAUGAACAUCCCAUCGUUGCCUUAUCUGUUAUAGUUGCUGUUGCUUUGGCCAGUAUUCCAGUUGUGGUCUUUGUAUCAUUUGCAAUCACCACAAUAUUUAUCAGUUUUCUUGGUUUCGUCUUUGUCGAAGGUACCCUGCUCACCUUUGGUGGUGUGGUUCUUUCUGCAAUUCUGUUCUUCAUUGCUAUAUUUGUUUUGGGACUCUGCCUGUUGGCAACAGCUGCUUGGUUCACAUUUGAUAUGGCUGUACAGGUAAUGCACACUGCCCAGGAUAGGUUCCAGAACAGAGCAAAGUACAAACAUGAGACAGAUGUUGGAAAAAAGAUUGUUGAUGCAGCAGAGAAGGAUUGCCAUUAAAUGAACUGUGACUGAAUUUGUUGUGAAAAUAAUGCUGCAAACUUAUUUUCCUGGAGAUGCGCUGUAUUCAAGAAAGAUUCCUGUUACUGUUUAUCUUAUUUAUUCUGCAUACCAGUAUUACAUUUUUUCUUUGCUCUUUUUAACAUAAAAUAUGGUUGUUUUCAAGCAUAUUAAUUAUCAGGUUUCUUGCUACAACAUGAAAUAUACAUGUAUUUUUUUCGAGCAUACUUUGCACUCUAUGCAUAUUUAGAGAUUUGUUUCUCGCCAUGUCUCAUAAAAUAUGCUCGUUUUCAAGCAUAUUAAUUAUUAGGUUUCUCGCUACAAUGUAAAAUAUACAUGUAUUUCUAUUUGAGCAUAUUUUACUCUUGUUGCUUAUUUAUUGGAUAUAAAAUGUUGUCAUUUUCGAGCAUAA